AUGCUGCAGUCCAUGGGUCAUCGCGGACCGCUCUCUACCGGCAACGAUUGGCGGCAGGACCGUGAGAGAGUCACAGCCGUGCAUCGACGCUUCUGGACGGCACUGGCUCUCCGAGAAUUGGCGGCGGAGACAUCCGCAAGCAGAGUUUGUGUGGCUUUUGCUGCUUCAAGAGGAUCGCUGCAAUCCUUGCAGACUUUGGCUGCCACCUACUGUGGUAUGGUCCGGCAGCUUUGUGAGCGCUUGCGCUGGCAUGAGAUGGCUGCACUAUUUGACUGUUUGAUGCCCCGAUUGAGCUUUGGAGUCUCAGCAGAGGAGUGGCAAUUCCUUCCUGCAUUUUGCAUGGUGCAGUUGCGCACCACAGAGCUUUUGUGGAAGGUGCUGCCGCUGUGUCGCAUUCCUGGGGUUUACCCGGCACGAGCACGGGCUUUGCUUCAGGCAGGUUUUGCUUCUGUCGAAGAAGUUGCCGGCACCUCACUCAUUCUCCGGUGCUGCAGCCAGGCCAAGUCUUCAGUUCUGACGGUUGAAGCUGCGCUGCGGAAACUUUCCCAAUUCGAGUCUCGCCGUACGGAUGCAGAACUUGUAGGACAUCAAGAGGUAGUGAUUCGCCAAGCUGCUUUGAAGAUUCUUCACGGAGCGCAAAAAUGUGUCAAUGAAGAUCUGCAACAGUUGAAGGAUGAAGCAGAAGAUGAUGACGCUCGCAUCCAACGAACAAAGCCAGCGUGA